UGUUGAUUGAUAGUACACGUGGGACUGUUAUUGUAAUCCGCGGUUAAUUGAUUUGACAUUUCUGAUUGGUGGAAAAAGUUGCACACUUGAAUACUCCAUGAUGUGAUUGCCACACACGAAAAUUAGAUGUUGCGGAGAAAGUACAGAUUCGUGGUACUCCUAUGUGCCCUGUGGAUACUAGGCUUACUAGUUUUUGUAUUGAAGGGCUCAGGGAAUCAGGAUUCAUAUACAGGAGGAGUACCCAGGGAUGUUGUUGAGUUUGUAGAAAAAGUCCCUCAUGAUUCAGAAAUCCAUGAACCACCAGAACCGAAGAUCUCAAAUGAUAAAGUACCAGCUUUUUUGGAAAAGUUAAAACCAGUAAAAAUAAUAAAAGCAAAAAUACAGCCACUACCUGAUGGACCUAAUGAUGUUUCAUGGCGUGACUUUGAUGAAUUAACUUACGUUGAUAAAACACGAUGUAAUGUUGGAGAGGACUGCUAUGCCAAAAAUAAAUAUAAUCAAUUAGCCAGUGAUAAUUUAAAAAGUAACCGAGGUGUUAUAGAUACUCGACACACAAAAUGUCGAGGCAAGCCAUAUCGCUCAGAUCUUCCGUCCACAAGUGUAAUUAUAACAUUCCAUAAUGAGGCCAGGUCAGCUUUAUUACGAACUGUGAUAAGUGUUUUCCAAAGAAGUCCAGAGACUCUGAUAGAUGAAAUCAUUCUAGUAGAUGACUUCAGUGAUGAUCCAACCGAUGGGUUAGAACUAGCUUUAAUAAAGAAAGUGAAGAUAAUAAGAAUGGAGAAAAGACAAGGUUUAAUCAGAUCAAGGGUCAAAGGUGCAAAUGCAGCUAUAGGUCCAGUAUUGACCUUUCUAGACAGUCACUGUGAAUGUAAUGACCAUUGGUUGGAACCUUUACUGGACAGAGUAGCUGGGGAUAGAAAGCGAGUUGUUAGUCCCAUUAUAGACGUGAUCAAUAUGGACAACUUUGAUUAUAUUGGUGCAUCUGCUGAUUUAAAGGGAGGUUUUGAUUGGAAUUUAGUAUUUAAAUGGGAUUAUAUGACGCCAGAAGAAAGAAAUAAAAGAGUGAAUAAUCCAAUAGGUCCAAUCAAAACACCAAUAAUAGCUGGUGGAUUGUUUACCAUUGAGAAAAGUUGGUUUAAUGAAUUAGGGAAAUAUGAUAUGAAGAUGGACGUCUGGGGAGGAGAAAAUUUAGAAAUAUCGUUCCGAGUAUGGCAGUGUCAUGGACAGUUAGAGAUAAUACCUUGUAGUAGAGUGGGACAUGUAUUCCGUAAACAACAUCCAUAUACAUUCCCUGGAGGAAGUGGUAAUGUGUUUGCAAGAAAUACAAGAAGAGCUGCUGAAGUUUGGAUGGAUGAUUAUAAAGAAUUUUAUUUUGCUGCUGUGCCUUCUGCUAAAAUGGUGCCAUUUGGAGACAUAUCAGAGAGAGUAGAGUUGAAAGAAAGAUUACAAUGCAAACCUUUUAAAUGGUACCUAGAAAAUGUUUAUCCUGAACUCAAAGUUCCAGGUGGAGGAGAUUUAGCCUUUGGAAGUAUCAGUCAAGAUAAAAUGUGUGUAGAUACACUUGGCCAUUUUGCAGAUGGAACUCUGGGUAUUUUCCCUUGUCAUUUUGCUGGUGGAAAUCAAGAAUUUUCCAUGAGUAAAGAUGGCCAGAUUCGUCACUUAGAUUUAUGUGUUACAGUAGUUGGAACUGACCCUGGUACACCUAUAAAGUUAUUCCAGUGUCAAGAAGGCAGAACUAUACAGUAUUGGAAGAGGAGUCAUGAUGAUAGCAUGUUAGAACACAUAGAGACCAAGUUAUGUUUAGACAGUCAAGAAGUUCAAACAAAAGGACUUGUUCUUAAUCCUUGUAAUUCAAGAUCCAUGACACAGCAAUGGAAGUUUCAGCUUAGCAAGAGAACAUGAUGAAAACCAAAAUUAGAUUGUUAUUUAUCACAGAACUCUAGUAUUUAAGAAGGUUUUAACAAAGACUUAUUCUACAAAAAUUAUAUACCAAAGUAAACCUUUACAUGAUGUAAGUCAGAUUGAAAAUUGUGUCUGUAGAUAGAAUGCAUAAUGCAGGGAUUAAAUCUGACAUCUUUUGGAAUAUCCUAAUGGCUGCAAGUUAACAGGUAAUAGUUAUUAGGAUAACAGAUUUUUUUUUAAACUUUAGAUUCUUCAAGAAUUAAACGAAAUAUUUUGACGAAGUGUUGAACAUCCCACUCCAGAAUUGAAAAAAGACAAUCAUUUUGUUUAAGUGUUUGCAAAUUUAAAAUAAAAAACAUAUCACACUGACUUGUAACACAUCAACAAAUCCAAAAUGGCAUUUUCCCUUUUAAUGCUUAGAUUUGAAUCUUUCUGAAUUGUUUCUAAUCUUUCAAGAGAUGUGCAAUGCUUGUCAAUAAACACCAGGGAACUCCGUCUUUAGUUGAUUCCCAGGGUUAUGCUUGUUAUUUGUUAAUAAUGAUGAUAUCAAAUUAUCCAACAGAAACAAUGACGAUGAGUUUUAGUAAAUAAAUAUUUUAUAAGACUCUGUAAACUAAUCUACAGUUAUCAGUAAACUUGAUGCCAUCCAUGUGAUACAUUUUUUACCUACUUACAUUGAAGGAAGUUAUUUGAAUUUUCUAACAGAGACCGGUUACCAAUGACACAAUUUUUUUAUGUUUUUUUUUGUUUGUUUUUAAAUAUAUACAUUCCAUUAAGUUUCUUUUUUAGAAGGUCCAACUGCUUUAAAAACCUUUUAUGACCUUAGCUUUAAGCUGUUUUUUUUUCUUUAAUAUAUGUCACUCCUGCAAUUUGUGCUUAAUAAAACAUUCUUAGAGCAACUGGUCGUAAAUUAUAGUGAAAUUUGUGUAUUAAUUGAUUUGGAAGGGGUGUCUUAUAUAAUGAUACUUUGAAUUCAAAAAACUUUGCAGUUAUUUUAUCCCUUGUAAAAAAAAAUAUUUGAAUUCCAAAUUUCCAAUAGGGUAAAGUCUUGUAGAUUCUUUUAGGUUUAUGUAAUGUCAGUUUGUUUUAGUCCUUUAUCAACAUAUGUCUGCCAAUAGGGCAGUUUUAAGUUUCUGAGGAAAUCUUUUACUAUUUGUCCAAUCAUCUGACAAUGGUUUGCAAAGUUUUUUAAGUGAAAUAUUAUAGAAUAAAACCUAUAAAGUAUUUAAAGGUUAAUUAAAAUUGCCUAAAAAAUGUAAAAUCUGUUCAUCAUUAUUUUAAAUUCUUCAGAAAUAUUUUUCUAGAAUUUUGAUAGAAAAUAACGAACUUGAAUUGUCAAUGUACUUAAAUGUUAUAUACCCUAUACUUAAUGGUUAUAAUUGUCUUUAAUUUAUUUAAGGUGUAAUGUAUAAUAAAUAUGUGAUUUAGUAUUGUUACUUUCAACAGAUUCAAUGAUUUAUUUAAAACAGCAUUAAAAAACAGCUUUAAUUCAAUAUGCAUGCUUCUGACAUUUAAGUUUUAAAAGUUCUUUCAUAAGUUUGUAUUCGUCAUUUUUUGUUUGUUUAAAUGUUUAGUAUUCUUGCAUAUAGUUACAUUGGCAUAACAAUGAAUAUGCUAUUUUUAUUCUCUGCUGAUUUAAAAUGAUAAUUUUUUUAUAGAUAUUCACUGCUGAAUGAACCCACUUUUGGGUGAUUAUUGCUCCUGUCAAGUGAACAUGAUCUCCUUCCAACCAUAGCCAAGUUCAUGCUAAAACAAGCCUGCUCUAUAGGUUCAUAGAAUCUGCUUUAUAGGUUCAUAGAAUAACAAAUGUGGAUCUUUGUCAUAAACUAAUAUGUCUUCCAGUGUGAGACAAUCUUUAUUUCUUUUUUGUGUGUCAUUCAUUAUUAAAAAACCAAUGCAUGCCUUAAAAUGUUGACACAAAAUUAUAUGUUUGCUCAAAUUAGUGAUAACCCACCUCUUAUUAGUUUGUAUCUAUUUUUCUAGCGUUUUGUCUUGUUUAUAUGUCUAUAUUAUUCAUAGUAUUUGUAUCAAAAAAUCAAUUGUUAAAAUCAAAUCUAGUCCUUUUUAUACAGGAUUUUCAUCUAUUGUAGUUAAUUUAUCAAAUUUGUGUUCUUGUAAAUAAUUUAAAUAUUUGAAUUUAUUGUAGACUGUAUAAGAGAAUAAGAACCUUUAAAAAUCAUAUAACUUUUGAAUAUAUGAUUUAUUAGGCAGUAUGACAGGUCUGUACAAAUAAACAAAUGUAAAACUGUUAGUCCAGUGUCAUUUGAUUCUAAAUUGAUUUCCACUUUCUCAAAUUUUGUAAGUUCUAUGUUACUGCUGUUUUUCAAAGCAGGUUGUUUACUAUAAAUAUAUUUUUAUUUGGAAAAGCUUUUUACCACAUAUAAGACAUCGAAAAAACAAAGGUGUAAUAUUUUUUUUUUUAAUUGAUGUGUAUUACCUAGGAUAUAGUAUCAAAAGGUGCUAGACGUUACUGCCAAAAUCUUUUUUUUUAAAUGGAGUAUAAUUUUUUAACAUUUAACUUUGAAAUGUUUAAAACAUAAAUAAAUGAUAAUAAAUACAUGUAUCAGAUUCAUUCUCUUGGACACAGAUAGAUUUUAAUCAUCAAUCAUAACAUUAUCAUACUCUGAGCUUUCUCAUUGUCCUCACAUUUUCAAUGGCGUCCAUAUAGAAUGGCAGUUAUGAAGGGAAAAGAUAGGUAAGGAUGAUAGUAUUCAAAAAAUGGCUUUUAUUUAAGUAAGACAUAUCAUGUUUAGGAUGUAUAAAGCUGAAAUGUUUUAAAAUUUAGUGUUAUACAGUAAGAAAAUUCAUAUGUGAUUGUAAAGGACACCAUACAUUAAUAUACUUAUUAUAUUUGUAAAAAAAAAAAAUUAGAAAAAAAAAAUCAAAUAAUGAUUAAAAAAGCUGAUUUCAUUAAAAUGUGAAAUUAACAUGCUAAGGCCUAUACCGUGUGAUACAUAUACUUUUGAAUUUGUUAUAUUUUUAAUUAUUUGAAAUAUUGUAAUCGUAAGGGGUUAUUAAACCAGCUGCACACAUCCUAAUAAUAUGUGAUGACAUUUAUCAUAGUAUUGUAAAUUUUGUCGAUACACAAUAAUGAAAGUGCAGUGCAGGUUAUUAUUGUCCAUGACAAAUCCACAAAAUGUAGAAUAGAUAUAUUAUAUAUUUUUCGGAAAAACAUAGAAAAAUUCAUUAUAUAGGGUUGAGGGUGUUAUUCAUUUGUUCAUCAAUAUCAGAGUUUUAAUAUUGUUCAUAUUUAAUUGUUUAUUGAAUAAACUAAUUUAUUUUAA